UAAUUUCAGAGGUUUCUAAAAGUCGUUUGAAAUGGAGAUACAGUGGCGCUUCUGGCACUUGGACUGGGCCUCCUUCCUGCGGCCGUGGAUUCCUAUACUGUUAGGCCUUCAUCUGCAGUUCUCCCGGGCCUCUAACUGCCCCGAGGAGUGCCGCUGUGAUCGCACCUUUGUUUACUGUAAUGAGCGGAGCCUGACCUCAGUGCCUCUGGGAAUUGGGGAGGGUUACAAGACCCUCUACCUUCACAACAACCAAAUCAAUAACGCCGGCUUUCCCUUGGAGCUCCACCACGUGGCUUCCGUGGAAACUGUGUAUCUCUAUGGCAACCAGCUCGACGAAUUCCCAAUCAACCUCCCCAAAAAUGUGAGAGUCCUUCAUCUGCAGGAGAAUAACAUUCAGACCAUCUCCAGAGCAGCUCUGGCUCAGCUCCUUUGGCUGGAGGAGCUGCACCUAGACGAUAACUCCAUUUCGACGGUGGGGGUGGAGGAAGGGGCGUUCCGUGAGGCAGUCAACCUAAAGAUGCUUUUCCUCACCAAAAACCACCUGAGCAGCGUGCCCAUCGGGCUCCCGGAUGACCUGAAAGAGCUGCGAUUGGAUGAAAACAGGAUCGCAGUGAUUGCAGAGGAAGCGUUCAGAAACGUCACCCGCCUGCAGCGCCUCCUGCUGGACGGAAACCUGUUAACAGAUGAGGGGAUCGCGCCAGGGACCUUUCAGGACCUGGUCACCCUGAGGGAGCUGUCACUGGCCCGCAACUCACUAACUUAUCCACCGCCGUUCCUCCCCAGGGAGGUACUCGUCAAAUUAAACUUUCAGGAAAAUCAGAUCAACCAUAUUCCUGUCAGAGCAUUUGCUGGGUUGCACAAGCUGGAGAGGCUCGAUAUUUCCAACAACCAGCUGCAGACUUUGACUCAGGGGGUCUUCGAUGGUCUCGUGAGUCUCAGACAGCUCACCGUCCGGAACAACCUCUGGUUGUGCGACUGCAGCAUCAAGUGGGUGGUGUCGUGGCUCAAAUCCCUGCCAGCCUCGCUCAACGUGCGUGGCUUUAUGUGCCAUAAACCUGAGAAGUUUCGCGGCAUGGUGAUCAGGGAGCUGACCGCUGAGCUGGUCCAGUGUCCGGAGAACACAGACGUGGCGCCCAAGCCCACCUCAACAGUCGGCGCUGCUCCUCACCCAUCCCUGUCCUCUUCCACCGACACCCCUCUGACAACACGGUAUGUUUCGUCGACCUCCAGGUCGCCGCUCUUCAGAGUACCCACCCUCUACCCGGUUUACACAACGAGAGAAGAGGGACUGAGGACUAAGCAACCCGUGGACUCCCGAAGGGAGACUCUGCAGGUUACGUUCACCAUACUGAAUGGGUCGGCUAUCCACGUGAGCUGGGUGGCUGCCUUUCCAGUCACCGCCUACAAGGUGACCUGGGCCAGAAUGGGUCCCAGUCUGACGGGGGACACAGUGAGGGAGAGGAUAGUGGGUGGGGAUCACCGUGGGAUCCGGCUCGCUAACCUUGAGCCAAAGUCCACCUAUCGGAUCUGCGUCAUUCCCUUGGAUGCGUUUAACAACUACCGGCCCAAAGACGACACCGUGUGUACCGAGGCCGUGACCACGUCGGCCCUGUUCAGCCCGGACAACAACAACAGGAGGCGGUCGGGGCCGGAGCAGGCCACGCAGCAAGAACCCAGCUCGCCCUUCUUGCUGGCCGGGCUGAUUGGUGGAGCUGUGAUUGUGGUGCUGAUCGUCCUGCUCGGCCUUUUCUGUUGGCAUAUGCACAAGAAGAGCCACUCCAAGUCCUCCGCGAAGUGGAAAUACAACCGGGGCCGCAGAAAAGACGACUACUGCGAAGCAGGCACCAAGAAAGACAAUUCCAUCCUGGAAAUGACUGAAACAAGCUUCCAGAUAGUAUCGCUUAACAAUGAGCAGCUUCUCAAGGGAGAUUUCCGUAUUCAACCUAUUUACACCCCUAAUGGGGGCGUCGGCUUUCGGGACUGCCCCCUGGGGAACAACAGCACAGUCUACUGCAAGAACAAUGUUCAGGAUGCAGACUUUUCUCAGACAUGAUGGUUUUGAAGAGCAUCAGGAUCAUUUUUACUGACAAGUAACCACACUUUGCUGAACACUGUACAGUGUGAAUAAUAUUUGAGACCCUCACGUCUUUAAGAAAUGUAAUUUAUACAAGUAACUGGAUGAUAUCUUUUUUAUGACAACAUCGGAUUUCUAAGUUAUUGCUUUCUGGAGUUGUGCUGUUUCAUUUCUGUGCGCACAGACAUGUACAAUCAGGAUUUAUUUCUUCCCAAGUAUUUUAAGGCUGGAUUUCAGUUGUUUUUUGUUCCUUUUUUUUUUUUUCAUUAGUGGAAUAUUUUGAACUCAUUGUAUACUGUGACCAUAACAGACUCCAAAUCAACACUGUAGCUGGAAUACAUGAUGGAACUGUCAGAGAGAGAGAGAGAGAGAGAGAGAGAGAGAGAG